AUAUCGCUCGAAAUUAAUCAUUUCCAGAUUUUUUACUACCCGAAUAAGGCAGAGUGUAAGUGUAAUUAAUUUUUAGUUGAAAAUCCUUUGUAAAAUUAGUUACAUUUUUACCAUGUUUGGUAAAACUUUUCCAAUAAUUAGCCUGAAAAGUACAAGAGAAUUAUAAUAAAAACAAACUAUGUACACAAAUUACAAACAAAACUUGACGAUAUAAUUAUUUGGAAAAAAAAUGAAAUUUUGCGGAUUUUGGAGUAAAAUAACCCCGUUCCAUAUUUUUAGAAUUACAGGUUUUUUAAAAUGCUGUUAAAGGAUAAAUUUGAUCUUUAAAUUAUCUCGCGCCAAAUUUUAAAUUAAUCUUGCACUAGUUAUUUUCGUGUUGUUCUGUUGGCGUUUUGAAUGUAACUACUAACUAGCCAUUUUUCAAAUMUGCAUCAAAAGUGAGCAUAACGGAUGGUUCUCUUAAAUUUUAAUAAUUGGUGUUAAUGUUUGAAAAUGUGAUUAAUUGGUGACAAAUUAGUGUUUUAUUUAUGUUCUUUUAAGUGGACUUAAUGUAACUUACGUGGUCAGGAGUUAUUUUUUUUAAACUUAACAUGGAUGAUAAGAUGGAUUUUGCUGGUCAAGAUUCAUUCACGGACUCCCCAAUAAGAAACUCUUUGCCAAAUGUUGUUACAUUUUCUACCGGUAAUGAUUUUGUUGGAACUUCAAAGUUUUUACAAACUGAUGAUUUUGGAAGAGAAUCUUUGGGCAUAAUUGACCCAAAUAAUCUUGAUUUAUAUCGUGAUUUUGGGACACAUUCUUCAAUAUUUCAUUCUCCUUUGCAUAAACUAGCUAGCAAUCUUCAAAAUGAGGAUUUCGGUAAAGAGUCUUUGGGUAUUCUCGACCCAAAUACUUUCAGAUUUUGUCGAGAUUCGAUGGAGUUUUUGCGAGAUGAUUCUGGUAGAGAAUCCUUGGGAAUACUUAAUUUGAACAACUUGGAUAUUGGGAGAGAAUCUUUGGGAAUAACAAACAUAAAAACUUACGAUUUUGUUGUCUCAAAUGUUAAUUUGCCUGAAAUUCAAACUACAGAUUGUGGUAUGUCUGAGUUAACAAAACAGAGCGGGAGUGGAAACAGCCCCAGUAUUGAUUCUUUGUUCAAUACUGCGUUUUUAAAUGUCCCAAAAUGCUCAAUCAGUUCAAGUGUUUCAUCCAUAAAUCCGUCCUUUAAUUCAGCUAGUCUAGAGAGUUUUCCAUCAAGAAUUUUCUCAUCUGCAAGCAGUAACACUGACAUCAUGAAUGAGCCCUUUGGAGAUACUAUAGAUUUUUUUAAUAAGAUAUUUACUAAGACACCUUCACCAUUGGGGGUUGUAGAUGCGUUACAAUCUCAUCGCAGAAAUAAUUCUCUGCCAAUAACUUUAGAGUCUAAAAUUACCGACUACGAAAAUUACGAAAAAGCCACCUUUAACAAGAGUGAAAAUGUUGGUGAAAAGACAUGUGAGGGAAAAGGAAACGACAGCGAGGAGCUUAAUGAUUCUGUGUUUCUUGAAAAAAUCCUCACAUUAUCAAGAGUAGACUUAGAAGACCCUGAAAGAAAUAUGCUGGAUUCAACCCAAGAACCUGAAGAACUAGCGAAUACCAUUGAUGAUUUAGAAGAACCUGUAAAAUGCGACAAAGAAUCAGUUUUUAAAACCGUUGAUAAAAUGUUUCUUACUACUCCAAGCUCCGAAAAUGGUCCUAAUUUGAAUGUAUCAAAAGCUUCUCAAAACGAAUCCAACAGAAGUAAUAAUUCUAAAUCAAAGGAAGCUCUUGAGAUGAUUUCCACUUUAUCUGACAUUCUAUCAACUGACAAACCAAGCGAGAAACAAAAAUCUGAAGGCCAAAACCUUCUUUCAAGCCUCGCCGAGAUUCUCCUUUCUAGCGCUAGCACUCGSUCACGUUCGUGUGUUUUGGAGGAUUCUGGUAAUUCUUCAAUUGAGAGUGAAGCAGUCCCAGCGUUAGAAACAGCCGAAUACUACGAAGUUUUGGAUUUGCGGAAAAAAAGUUUCUCGGAAUCUAACUUACACCAAAACGAAURCUUCGAAAAUUGCGUCCCUUUGGACCUGUCAAUGAAAUCAAAAUCAUCCACUGAGAAAACUUUCGAAAGUCCGAAAAUUCUACCACCGAAAUUUAAAAAUCAAAAAURCGUUGUUACUAUUAAUGUUAAUAAAAGCGUGGYAAGUAAUUGCUCUAAUUCGAGUAAUGAUAGUAAGAAUUUGAGUGACCCCGCGAAAAAAUUCAGACCGAAAAAGAUCGAUGAGAAGUUGGUGAAAAGGGGGCCCAUGAAGGCAGUGCUUCCUGUUGAUAAUAUGGCACGGAAAAGUGGAACACUUAAAGUGACCCCUACGAAAUCCGAAUCAAAAACUUUAAAGUACAAAUUGAAGAAAACRAGUACUCCAAUCAAUGAAUCUGAUUUAAAACCUAUGGCACAAUCAACACCAGAUGGACAGAAUUCUGCUCGUGUUAUAUCACCACUUGCCAGGCCAGGGAAGCCAAUUCCUAAGAGCCCAACCUUGGUGAAACAAAAACUAAAUUACUCAGGAUCUGGUUUACCAGUUAAAAAUGAAUCUAAACUUAACUCUAAUGCGUUUAUAAGGAGAGUCUCCAGCGAUAAUUUGAAAAGGAAUCAAAAUACUGAAAGAAAAUUUGUUAGGAGCUACAGUGUAGGAGAGAAAACGGGACUUCCCUCGAAAACAACCGAUUUUAAGAAGCCGCUGAAGCGACAAUCAUUACCCAACAAGACUGAUACCGUGUUGAAAGAAAAUAAGAUAAAGAGUGCUAAUAGACUUUCAGUUGGUAAAAAAAUUGGAAAAGAAAAUUUGCAUUAAAUGUGUUUUUUGGUAUUAUAUUACGUAAUCUUGCAAUUUGUUGUGAUAUGCUUUGGCUGCUGUUACGCUAAUCGAUAUUUUAUAUUUUCACAAGAAUAAACUUUUUAUAAAAGA